AUGGCUUCAGAAAUCGUCAACACGCCUGUUACGCAGCCUGUGAUAGCUCAAACAUGGUCCAAUGAGACAUCUCUGCCGUCUGGCACGUUGCCGGCCUUCUUUGCGGGCUGGACAGCCUGGCAGUACCUCGUCACCUUUUUUCUCGGCGUAGUAGUGUACGAUCAGGUGAUGUACCUCAAGAGAAAAGGCUCCAUCGCGGGACCUGCGUUCAAAAUCCCCCUCAUGGGACCUUUCAUCCAAGCCCUACACCCCAAGUUUGAGGAAUAUCUUGCACAAUGGGCAAGUGGUCCUCUCAGCUGCGUAUCAGUUUUCCAUAAAUUCGUCGUUCUCGCCUCCGAUCGCGAUAUUGCCCACAAGGUCUUCAAGUCUCCAGCCUACGCCGAGCCUUGCAUCGUCCCCAUCGCCAGAGAUAUUCUCGGCCACAAAGCUUGGGUAUUCCUUCAGGGCAGAGAACAUGCAGAGUACCGGAGAGGCUUGAUGCCCCUGUUCACCAACAAGGCAAUGGCCACAUAUCUACCAGUGCACGAGAAGGUGCUGGGCGAGUACUUUGACAAAUUCGUUGCCGCCAGCGAGGUGAACCACGGAAACCCCAUUGCCUACAUGGCUCUCUUCCGCGAAAUCAACUGCGCGCUCUCGUGCCGCACUUUUUUCGGCGACUACAUCUCGCAAGACGCAGUAAAGAAGAUUGCCGACGACUUUUACCUCGUCACCGCAGCCCUCGAGCUCGUCAACGUCCCCCUCUCAAUGUACAUCCCAGGCACAAAAGUCUGGCUCGGCAAGCGUGUGGCCGAUCAGGUGCACACCGAGUUUGCAAAGUGCGCGGCGGCGUGUAAGGCCAACAUGGCCAAGGGCGCCACACCGACAUCCAUUGUCGACCACUGGGUGCUUCACAUGAUGGAGUCCAACAGGUACCGCGAGAAGAUUGCCGCUGGCGAAACGGAUGCCGUGAGGCCUUCCAACAUGAUUCGGGAGUUCACCAACGAGGAGAUUUCAGAGACGCUAUUCACCUUCCUCUUCGCGUCGCAGGAUGCGUCCAGCAGUGCCACGACCUGGCUCUUCCAAGUCCUCGCGCAGCGCCCAGACGUCGUUGAACGUCUCCGGGAAGAGAAUCUGGCAGCGAGAGGUGGCGACUGCGCCAAGCCUUUUGAUCUCCCCAUGCUAGAGUCGCUCACUUUCACCAACGCCGUCAUCAAAGAGCUUCUCCGCCUCAGACCGCCCGUCAUCUUCGUCCCUUACCUCGCGACCAAGAACUUCCCCGUCACUCCCAAAUAUACCGUUCCCAAGGGAGCGAUGAUCAUUCCAUCUUGCUACCCGGCUCUCCAUGACCCCAACGUCUACCCCAACCCCGAGUUCUUCGACCCGGACCGGUGGAUUACCGGAGACGCCGAGUCCAAAACCAAGAACUGGCUGGUUUUCGGUGCCGGAUCCCACGACUGUCUAGCUCGGAGAUAUGUCCCGCUGACUAUGGCUGCCAUGAUUGGCAAGGCGGUGCUGGAGAUCGACUGGAAGCAUCAUGCGACAGAAAAGUCGGAAGAGAUUAGGGUGUUUGCUACAUUGUUCCCCAUGGAUGAGUGCCAGUUGAGCUUCACGAAGCGGCACUGA